AUGGGCGAGACUGUUAUUAAUCAGAAAAAUGACGACGGUCUUGGUGGUUGGGACUCAUGGGAUGUGCCAUCAUCUGUGGUGAGUGAUGGUGGAGGAAGGACUUCAUUAUCACCACAGCAGUCUAUGCUGCAACAACAAAUCAACCAAUACCGACUCAAUCAACAAAGAAAAUUGCAAGAGCCUGUGGCAGAACCUGAACCUGAACCAAAUUAUUUUGAAGUAAGUUUGGAAUUUAACUGUAAACUUCUUUUUCUAAACAUUAUUUAUACUUUUUUUUUACUGGGAGCAAUCAUGGCACCCAAUAGGCAUACCAGUGGUGCUGAAAGUGACAAGAAAAGGUAUAAGCAUUUAAGUCUUAGAGUUAAUGAAGAAAGUAGAGGUAUUAGACAAAAGAUAGCCUGCAGCCGUAAUGAAGUGUCACUGCAGUUAAAAAAGAAUGAGGUUUCACUCACUGAAUAUUGUCCGACCUUUCUGAUUUUUUGCAUAUAUACAUGUACCAACAUUUCAAUAUGUAACAUAUGUUGGACAGCCUUGUGGAGAAUGACAUGUGUAACAGUGAUGGUUUUAUGUAGAAAGACAUCUCCAACAUUUAAUUUUUUAGGCCAUCCUAGUUCUGUAGAUUGUAUAUGUUUCUGUAAACCUAUUUGGUUGUUGUGUGUUGAUCAGUCUGCAGAGCUUGAGGAGUGGAUGGAUGAUAACGGAGGCUGGGAGGACGAGGCUGAGGAGGAGGCAGACCUGGAUGCAGUGUUGCGCGAGAAGAGGCAGUUUGAAAGAGAACGACGGAGACAGGAACAGCAGAGACGCAAGGCUGAGAAGGAAGCUGCACGCUGCACUAAACUAUCUGCUUCCAAGAUUGCCACUAAGCUGUCAUAGGGAACAUAUACACUAUAGUGUGUUUUUAUGUUAAUCUUAUUUACUUGAAGACCUUUUCAUAUGUUUCAAGUUCAUGUGUGUUUCUUUUUCUGAGUGCCUGUGAUUCUCUUCAUUAUUUUAGUAUUUUGAUAAAAUUUAUAGUGCAGAGUAUAGUACUUUAAGCUAAGAUGUAAUUUUAUGUAGUUCUAUAAAGGUAAUGUACAUGCAGUGUUGUGAUACAAAUUUUAUAUAGAAAAUAAUAGGAUGUUUCAGAUAUAAUUUUAUAUAUAAUGAAUCAUGUUAAAUGAUUAUUUUUUGUUAUAUACUGAAUUAUCAUUUAAAUCUUCUGUUAAGGUGAUGUAUCCUUGAUCUCAUUCUCAAAGGUAAGGUGCAAGAGAAAUUUUUAUGUUAUAAGCUCUAGUACUACAUAUUAAGGAUAUUUUUUUCAUACAAGACUAAUUCCGUCAUGUACUCAAGUGUUAUCUCAUGCUCCAGUGGCUCACUCUCUCAUGACACACACACAUACAUACAAUAGCCCACAGUGGCUGGCAAAAUUGUGGAGAAGUAUUGAAUAGUGUUGUCUAUAGAUCGUAAACUGAGGUAAAUGAAGAUGCUUAGGACAGUGAGCCUUUAUAAAACAAUGUUUUGCUAUAUGUAAGCUUUAUGAAGUCCUGAGGUGCACACAACCCUGUCACACCAGCUGAGAAGAGGGGUUGGAGGUAGUGGCAGAAGGAGCUGUCCAUAAUGUUGCUAGGGCAGAAACUGUCCAUAAUGUUGCUAGGGCAAGAACUGUCCAUAAUGUUGCUAGGGCAGGAACUAAACAUAAUGUUGCUAGGGCAGGAGUGAGUUCAUAAUGUUGCUAGGGCAGGAGUGAGUCCAUAAUGCUGCUAGGGCAGGAGUGAGUCCAUAAUGCUGCUAGGGCAGGAGUGAGUCCAUAAUGCUGCUAGGGCAGGAGUGAGUCCAUAAUGUUGCUAGGGCAGGAGUGAGUCCAUAAUGCUGCUAGGGCAGGAGUGAGUUCAUAAUGUUGCUAGGGCAGGAGUGAGUCCAUAAUGCUGCUAGGGCAGAUGUGGGUCCACGUGUUUCACAUUUAACCUUUUUUGUUGAAUAUAUAAAUUUUUUUCUCUUAAGACACACUACACUAAGGCAAAGCAAAAUUCAACAUGUUUUGGUGAAUAUUCCCUAGUGAAUGUAUACAAAAGUUGAAUUUUCAGAUUUCUUUAUAAAAAAUAUGCACUGAUUACAUUUAUUCAUAAUUAUACAUAAAUUUGUGCAUGCUAAUUUGAGAAUUAUCAGGAAGGUGCAACAAUUUUUUUUUUUUUUUAUUUUUAACAAGUCAGCCGUCUCCCACCAAAGCAAAGUGACCCAAAAAGAAAGAAAAUUCCCAGAGAGAAAAGACUUUCAUCAUUCAACACUUUCACCUCACUCACACAUAAUCACUGUUUUUGCAGAGGUGCUCAGAAUACAACAGUUUAGAAGCAUAUACGUAUAAAGAUACACAACAUAUCCCUCCAAACUGCUAAUAUCCCGAAACCCCUCCUUUAGAGUGCAGGCAUUGUACUUCCCAUUUCCAGGACUCAAGUCCGGCUAUAUAAAAAUAACCGGUUUCCCUGAAUCCCUUCACUAAAUAUUACCCUGCUCACACUCCAACAGAUCGUCAGGUCCCAAAUACCAUUCGUCUCCAAUCACUCCUAUCUAACACGCUCAUGCACGCUUGCUGGAAGUCCAAGCCCCUCGCCCACAAAACCUCCUUUACCCCCUCCCUCCAACCUUUUCAAGGACGACCCCCUACCCUGCCUUCCUUCCCUUACAGAUUCAUACGCUCUCCAUGUCAUUCUACUUUGAUCCAUUCUCUCUAAAUGACCAAACCACCUCAACAACCCUCUUCAGCCUUCUGACUAAUACUUUUAUUAACUCCACACCUCCUAAUUUCCACACUCCAAAUUCUCUGCAUAAUAUUUACACCACACAUUGCCCUUAGACAGGACAUUUCCACUGCCUCCAACCGUCUCCUCGCUGCAGCAUUUACAACCCAAGCUUCACACCCAUAUAUAUAAAUAUAUAUAUAUAUAUUUUUUUUUUUUCAACAAACCGGCCGUAUCCCACCGAGGCAGGGUGGCCCAAAAAGAAAAACAAAAGUUUCUCUUUUUUAAAUUUAGUAAUUUAUACAGGAGAAGGGGUUACUAACCCCUUGCUCCCGACAUUUUAGUCGCCUCUUACAACACGCAUGGCUUACGGAGGAAGAAUUCUGUUCCACUUCCCCAUGGAGAAUAAAUAUAUAUAUGUUUAUUUAUUUAAUGGCCAUCUCCCAUCAAGGCAGAGUGACCCAAGGAAGAAAACACAUUCACUAUCAUUCACUUAAUCGCCGUCUUUUCAGAAGUGUGCUGACAUCACAAUCAGAGUAUCCUCCAGUUGCAGUAUCCCCACUCUUUCAGAGUGCAGGCACUGCCCUUCCCACCUCCAGGAGUGCAGUACAUAUCUCAGAGAGAUCUCUGUUCAGGUUCCAUAAACCACUAGUAGGAAUAACAACCUGUCAGUAUAAACUCUUAAAUACUAGUGAUAAUCUCCAAGAUAACGUUUUGCCAGUUAGUUAUCUGUAUAUAUUCUGCGCUCCCUUCCCUGACUAGAUCGUUCAGUGCCCAAGCCUCAAGCAUCAUGUAGCUGCCGAUCUCAGUUCCAUGUAGGUUUCUCAACAUAAGAUGGAAGAAGCACUGCAGCAGGGCUACUGACCUAUGCUAGACAAGUCGAAGUCACCUACCGGCUUAAGCUACUGGCCAAAGUCAGUCAGGUGCAAGUCACAUCCACUUUAGAAGGAUGGAGCACUGCAUCAGACCCACUAGCACAAGCCAGUCAGGUCCAGCUCACACCCACUCUUGUAUUUGUGUAGCCUGUUUUUAAAACUACACAUGGUUUUAGCUUCAGUGAUGAUACUCAAGAGUUUGUUCCACUGAUCCACAACUCUAUUGCCAAACCAGUGCUUUCCUAUAUCCUUUCUGAACCUAAAUUUUUCCGACUUGAAAUCAUUGCUGUGAAUCCUGAGGAGUCUUGGUUAGAUACUUUUAGCACGUUAUUUACAUCUUCCAUAUUUAUUCUUGUUUUCCAUUUAUGCACCUCACUCAUAUUCCCUCUAAUUCUACGCCUUUCUAGAGAGUACAGAUUCAGGGGCCCUGAAUCUAUCCUCAUAGGAAAGAGUUCUGAUAUAUGGGAUCAACUUCGUCAUCCUCCUUUGUACGUUUUCCAGUGCAUUUAUAUCGAUUCUGUAAUACAGUGACCAGAACUGUGAGGCCUAACCAAAGAUAUAUAGAGUUGAAAAACAACCUGAGGACUCCUCUUAUUUAUACUUCUUGAUAUGAAGCCAAGGAUUUUGUUCACUGUGUUGUAAACAUGAAUACACUGUUGUUUUGGUUUUAGAUUACUCUUUUUAUGUGGACAUUAUACUUGCUGCUCCACAAUGGAUGACAGUGAUGGACACUGUUUCACAUGGCAUACAGGCCAGAUUUAACCAGAAUGGCUUAUUCAGUGGGCUUUGCUGAAUAAACAGUGGAUUUAAGUGAUGUGCACUUGAUGUGAAUGUUGUUGAUGCUUUUAUGGUUCAGACAUCACUUAAACAUGCUCUUAAAAGGUUACUAAUAUUCUGGUUGGAAAAGGACUAGAUAUAUCCCUAGUGUUUCUCCCAGUUUUUCAUUUCAAACCACUUCUUAGUAUUUCUUGAAUGACCUGCUUCCACUGUUGGAAUACUUAGCACCUACCCAAUACACAAGCUGCCUCUUUUGAACAGAUUAUGGACAGUUAUAGGCUAAAAUCAAUUCAGGAUUUAAUUGUAUACUUGAACAGAUAUACGUACCUCUCUGCCAGUCAAGAUCCUGGUGGUAUAACUUUCAUGAAGGAAUUUAAGAACCUCAGUCAAUUACCAAGGGACAUUCAGCCAGCUUACUCACUGUUGAUUUCUCUCCAGGAAAUAUCUAAUGUUUAUUCACCUAAGGAAACUGAAAAUUAAUGCUUUAUCAUUGCCAAAGUUUCUCUGUUUCAGUACCAAGUGUCAUGGCCUUGUCCCAGAAGUGGCCAGACAUUACGUUCUCCAUAAAAAUAACCCCAACAUUCCCUUCAAUGCAGGUUUUACUACAUUUGCACAAGGAUACAGAAGCUAGGUUGUUUUUCAGCUUGUUUCAGAAGAAAGAUAGUGUUCAGUCUUGUAGUGCUUUAAGUCCUUUUGCUGGGAAUGUUAAGGUCAGCAUUUCUGCUAAUGCCCCUUUUAUGGAUGGUGACAGCCAUAGUUAAUCAAUGGACUGAGUAUUGGUAAGGGCCUACUUCAUUAGUUUCCGACCUCUCCCUCUGAAGAUUCCUCAUGGCACCCCCAUCAUAUAUUCUGAUCUCUCUUUUAUUUCAUCAGUAAAACAAGGAAGCAUCAACUUGGGCUUAAACCUUCAUCAGCCAUCAGUGAUGCUUCUUCCCCAAGGCUACCGUUCCAUUUAGGACAAGGAACCCACUCGUUCUACAUAUUCUCAGUGUGGUUCUUCAUGUUGUCAAAUUUGCAAAACACUGGUCCAUGGUUCCUAAAGCUUCCCAAGGAGCUUUACUCUAGAAAUGAUAAGAAUACCAAAUUAGGAGAUUGAUUCGGUUCUUUUUUUAGAACUUAGAGAAUCUUCCACCCCAGGUACUUAGAAGAGGAAUGUGGCAUCAUUAGAAAUGUCUUUGCCAUGCUACACAAUUCUUUCCAUUUCAUUCUGAAUGCCGAGAAUGCUUUCAGCAUCCAAAGAGGAAAUGCUUUCAAUAUCCAAAGAGGAUAAUGAUUGUGCCAGAUGGCACACAGACAAUAAAGGCAGGUAGAAUGGAUGUCACAGUCAUAAUUUCCAAAACUGUUAGAAACUUCACCACACCAGGACACAGCAGCCAGUAAAACAUUACUGCCAGAGUAUGCAACAUUCUCUAUGAUGGUUGUGACAAACUGCAUUGGUGAAACUUCAUAUGAACUAAAAACCAGAGUUCAGGAGCACCAAUACACUUGUAGGAUACAUAACACCAACACUAACAUUAAUGCUUCAUGGCAUGGCACGAUGCCACACUCAUCAAAAACAACCACUGGCUCACAUCAUACUAAAAUGAUGUUCUUUACAGUAGGGGUUGGGGCAAAUAUGCUGACCAGAAACUACAUGAGUUCAGCAACAUUGUCCAGUGUAUUUCUUGCAGUACUCCACUGACACAAAAUUCAUCAAACUCCAGGGAUUUCACUCACCUCAGCUAUUUCUUCAGUCUCAUGAGUAUAUGUACAUGCAUGCUCUUUGUAUCCUCUUUAUGACUAGAUAAAGAUCUUACCAGAUGGAAAUGUUGUUCUAAUAAAAGCUUGCUCUGUAAUGUGUCUUUUCUUAAUUAUUGUUAGCAGCAUGCCAUUUCCAAAUUGUGGAGAAACAUUAGCUACACAACACAAGUCAUCAUGGCUUUAGAGCAGGAAGAUCUUGCUUAUUGCAACUAUGGUGGAACCUCGGCUUAUGCACGCCCCAUCAUGCAAACUUUUCAGGAUACGAACCGUUGUUCGGUUGAUUUUUUGCUUCUGGAUACGAAUGAAAUUUCAGGAUGUGUACUUCCUCUUCAAGGGAGGCUCUUAAUAUAUAUAAAUAAAUAAAAUAUUUAUUUCUUUGCAAAGGCUAUAAUGUGUGUUUACAUAUCAUAAUAUGAUUGGAGCAAAGAAAGCCACUAAUCAUGCAGAGGCAUUUCGGGCAGACUUAACCUAAUACGUGUACUUAUAGACUACUUAAGUCUAGACAGGUGACAAGUAGUGGCCACCAAUGUUUUGCUGAUGGUGGCACCAACUACUGGCAGCUUUUUGAAGCUUCUCCUUACUGUUGUUGUUAUUAUUAUUACUAUUAAAAUGUAUUAUUAUUAUUGUAAUAGUUAUUAUUAUUCUUUCAACACACCGGCCGUAUCCCACCAAGGCAGGGUGGCCCAAAAAGAAAAACGAAAGUUUCUCUUUUAAAUUUAGUAAUUUAUAUGGGAGAAGGGGUUACUAGCCCCUUGCUCCCGGCAUUUUAGUCGCCUCUUACAACACGCAUGGCUUAUGGAGGAAGAAUUCUGUUCCACUUCCCCAUGGAGAUAAGAGGAAAUAAACAAGAACAAGAACUAGAAAGAAAAUAGAAGAAUACCCAGAGGGUUGUGUAUAUAUAUAUGCUUGUACAUGUAUGUGUAGUGUGACCUAAGUGCAAGUAGAAGUAGCAAGACAUACCUGAAAUCUUGCAUGUUUAUGAGAGACAAGACACCAGCAAUUCUACCAUCAUGUAAAACAAUUACAGGUUUUCGUUGUACACUCACUUGGCAGGACGGUAGUACCUCCCUGGGCGGUUGCUGUUUACCAACCUACUACCUAGGAGUUAUUAUUAUAAUAAUUAUUAUUAUUAUUGUUAUAAUAAUUAUUAUUACUAUUAUUAUUAGUAGUAGUAUGUAUGUGGUGAGGGGCUCUUGAUCUAGGGAAUUGGAUCUGUGUUCCAGUUCCCUAAAUUAAGCCUGAAUACCUUCCAUCCCCUCCCACAAGUGCUUCCCCAUUAUGAUAAUAAUAUAUGUAUAAUAAUAAUAUAAUAAUAAUGUACUAUAAUAAUAUAAUAAUAGAUGGCUUCGAAAGGCCAUCACUAGAUGGCAGUGAAUACCACAACAAUAUGGGAGCGGUUAUGGCCGCCACCACUUGUCACAUAAUGACAUAUUUUAUUCAUUCUAGAGUAUAUAUCGGGUUUCUGUGUUAUUUAUAUUGUUUAUUAGUUGACAUUAGAGUCAUAUUGAAGGAGAAUUUUGUCCUGUCUCCAAACAAUAAACUUUCCUCCGCCUCCAGCACCACUACAUAGCCACAUGCGUAAUGACAUAUUUUAUUCAGUCUAGAGUAUAUAUCAGGUUUCUGUUAUUUAUAUUAUUUAUUAUGUUACAUUAGAUCAAUUGUGAUAGAUAAAUAAGCCGUAGAGUUGAUAGUGGCGUUAUAUUGAAGUGUAUUUUUCCUUCUUCUGAGAGCAGGAAUUCUGCCAGAACGGAUUAAUGGCUUUUCAAUUAAUUUAAAUGAGGAAAAUUGACUCAGCAUAUGAACAAAUCAGGAUACGAACAACGUCAUGGAACGGAUUAAGUUCAUAAGCCGAGAUUUCACUGUACGUAUUAGAUCAUUGAUAAAAUUGCAGAAGCCUGGAAAGGAAGACAGAAUACUGAUGCUAUCCACAGGGAUUUUGUAAAGGCUUUAACAUUCAGUAAUUGCUCAUAAAAUGAGGCUAGCAAAUAUAACAAGAAAAGUAGGGAAAUAGUUUUUCAGAUUUCUGAUAAACAGAUCACAAAGAAUGGUAGUAAACAAAAUAAAAUAAAAUCCUGUAUUAGCAAAGUAAGAAAGAGUUCAGUUCCCCAAGGCACUAUUUUAUCACCAUUACAAUUUCUUAUCCUCAUAGUAGACAUAGACAAGAACUCUAACCACGUCUUUGUAUCUUUUGCAGGCUACACGAAAAUAAGAAUGAAAGUCACUUCAGUAGAAGACAGAAAAAUUAUGAACAGGUAUCAGCAAAUAUCUUCAGUGGGCAGAUGAAAACAACAUGAUGUUCAGUGGGGACAAAUUUUAAUUGCUUAGGUAUGGGAAGAAGGAAGAAUUCAGAUGAGCACAGUACAUAUACAAAACACAAGCAGCCCAUCAUGUGGAACAUAAGGAAUAAUUAUGUUAGGUCUGACAUUUAGAGUCAAAUGCAGCAAAGGCCAGGAAAGUGACAGGGUUGAUUAUAAGAGCUGUCACAAUAGGAGCAGAAUUGCCAUUGAUGUUACUUGCAAAUUGGUGGUUCUCGUACAACGAGUAUUCUUUGCUCACAAUGCCUUUCAAGGCAGGAGAGAGAACAGAGUUGGAAAAUACAGAGUUUGUUUACCACCUGCACAAAAUUGAUAACACAUCUGAACUGUUUGGACUCUUGAAACACUUGGUAGGUACAUUGUAACCCUAGGGUGGAAGUAGGUUAUGCCCAAGAGUUGGGCUAGAGGUUAGCUGUUGGGUAGAAGAUAGUAUCUGUACCAAGGUUAAAUGGUGCCUCUGUGUCAGACAAGUACUGUUAUAUUAAAAGUAUCCAUGACUGACAAGUUGGUAAAUAAACAUAUGCAACACCCGGGUACUGUAUCUUUUUUAUGAAAACUUAUUUUGCCAACCAGUGUAUUUUUUUUUAAUUAAUACAGAGAUUAUACUGGACAGUGGAAGAUAAGGUGAUCAGUCCCUCAGCCUCUGUACCAUGAAAUAGUGGCACUUGGAUACCUUCUACAACUCCAUUGCUAAUCUCUGUCCAAACUUUUGGUCAUGACCUACUUCCAUUAACAAGUUAUGCUCAUCUAUGAUGAUACCUUCAGCUACCAUAUCUCUCUACUGUCUUCAAUAUAUGUGGCCCUUCUGCCUCUGCUUCAGAUUGAUCAAGUGUUCAGAUUGAACACUUAUCAAAACUGAAGAACUGAUUAUCUCAUCUUUCAUUGUCUCCAGUAUAGUCUCUACUGAACUGAAAAAGCCACUGGUUAGCAAAAAAAUAUUGUCAUAAUAAAGUUACUUAGGUGUUGUACAUGUGUCGAGAGUUAAAUUAGGGGUUAUAGGUAGUUUAGAACCAUGCUUCCCAUCCUCUCCCAUCAGUUUGAUGUUCUUCAACGUGUAUCACAUCUUUUGAGAGGAGCUCUAAAUGAGUUUUAAUAGCUUCAUCACAUCAUGUUCUGAUCUCUUGUACAUGAUUGAAACUAUCCCUUGGAAUCCAGGAAAGUUGUUUAUGCAUUCAGGUCAAAGUUCUUCCUAUACACAUUUCAUUGUGGCAGUGAAUUCUGAGAAUAUAUGAUUGUUAGCAAUGGGGUCUGUGAUGUUAUAUUUUGCUCAGAACUCCCUAAUUGUUGGUUUUCCCCUCACCAUUUGUGUCUUUGAUGAGCUGAGAGAAGGCUCUUGUAUAAAAAGCCUUAGAAGUUUCUAAAAAAAAACUUUAACCCUUUGAGGGUCGACAGGUCCUCUCAGAGACUCGUUCUCAGGGUCGGCCAAAUUUCCAAAAAAAAAAAAAAUUAUUUUUUCUUAUGAAAAAAAUAGUUUUUUUUUUUUGUUUCUAAAUAUUAUAGGCUAAACAAAAAAUUUUCACCAUCAAUACUUACGGAGAUAUGGAGGCGUGAAGUUGAUGAAAAAGGGGGACAAUGUGGCAACAUUGCUGACUGCCAUCUCCUGGUAUUCUUUUAUUUACUUUCUUAUGUACUAAUUUCUAUUAUUUUUUAAUUUUUCUUUUUCCAAGUAACUUUUAUGGCCUGUGAGACCAAUAUGAUCAGUAUUUUGUAAGUUUUUUCUUUUUCAAUACUACACAAUAAGGGCAUAAACACUGUUGUCAUUGUUUUGUUUAUAAAAAAUAUUUACACAAACAAAUGAUAUGAAAUGUUGUUUAUUACUAUUUUUCUAUAUUUUAUAUACACAUAUACAGCCACAGGGAAUGUUUCUAGAAGUUCUGCAGCCUGUGGAAGUCUUUGAAACAUGUUGUCAUGCACAGUGGUGUUUUACACUCCUCACACAUAAAACGAGUGUCUCUGCGUUGUUGUGGGCGUUUUUUUGUAUGUGCACAGACGUAACACCUCUUCUGAGCCUUUUUCUUGAAAGCAGUAGCAGGCAGGUGACUUAUUUUGCAGAAACAAGCACCAAAAACAGUGAUAAUGAGGAAUGUACCGAAUGCAUCCUUAGAUGCGCGUACACUGGCUGGCUUGUAAACACUGGCACACACGGGGCAGUUCAGGCCACACGUGGACACGUCUCGUACGAAUCGCAUCGCAUACCUGGUUUUGUAACGGGAACCGAGGCAAAUUUUUGGCGAUAUAAUGCAUCGGCUACUGGAUUUAUUGGAUACCAAUAGCAUCGCGAACCGGGGGUCCACUGUAUUAUGAAAUAUUUCAUAUGAACAAGUGAGGGGACCGUCACUCACUGGUAAACAAUGGCACACUGGCUGGGAAGGUAGGCCGAGGUGGCUCAGAGCGUGAAUACGCGUCCCAGAUGAAGGACGAUUAGCGAGUCAACUGACCAUUUGCGAGCCAAUGUUUGGAUGAAAAUAAUGCAACGAUUUCCAAAAAGAACGACUAUCGAGCCAGACGAUUAUUGAGGGACCACUGUAUGUAAAAAAACGUGGAUCUUUUUUUUUUUUUUUUUUAAAUUUGAAAAUAUGUAAAAAAACUUAGAUCUACGUUUUUUAUUGUUAUUACGUAUUAUUAUUAUUAUUAUUAUUAUCACACUGGCCGAUUCCCACCAAGGCAGGGUGGCCCGAAAAAGAAAAACUUUCACCAUCAUUCACUCCAUCACUGUCUUGCCAGAAGGGUGCUUUACACUACAGUUUUUAAACUGCAACAUUAACACCCCUCCUUCAGAGUGCAGGCACUGUACUUCUCAUCUCCAGGACUCAAGUCCGUCCUGCCGGUUUCCCUGAACCCCUUCGUAAAUGUUACUUUGCUCACACUCCAACAGCACGUCAAGUAUUAAAAACCAUUUGUCUCCAUUCACUCCUAUCAAACACGCUCACGCAUGCCUGCUAGAAGUCUAAGCCCCUCGCACACAAAACCUCCUUUACCCCCUCCCUCCAACCUUUCCUAGGCCGACCCCUACCCUGCCUUCCUUCCACUACAGACUGAUACACUCUUGAAGUCACUCUGUUUUGCUCCAUUCUCUCUACAUGUCCGAACCACCUCAACAACCUUUCCUCAGCCCUCUGGACAACAGUUUUGGUAAUCCCGCACCUCCUCCUAACUUCACACCACACAUUGCCCUCAGACAUGACAUCUCCACUGCCUCCAGCCUUCUCCUUGCUGCAACAUUCAUCACCCAUGCUUCACACCCAUAUAAGAGAGUUGGUAAAACUAUACUCUCAUACAUUCCCCUCUUUGCCUCCAAGGACAAAGUUCUUUGUCUCCACAGACUCCUAAGUGCACCACUCACCCUUUUCCCCUCAUCAAUUCUAUGAUUCACCUCAUCUUUCAUAGACCCAUCCACUGACACGUCCACUCCCAAAUAUCUGAAUACAUUCACCUCCUCCAUACUCUCUCCCUCCAAUCUUUCAUCACCUAAUCUUUUUGUUAUCCUCAUAACCUUACUCUUUCCUGUAUUCACUUUUAAUUUUCUUCUUUUGCACACCCUACCAAAUUCAUCACCAAUCUCUGCAACUUCUCUUCAGAAUCUCCCAAGAGCACAGUGUCAUCAACAAAGAGCAACUGUGACAACUCCCACUUUAUGUGUGAUUCUUUAUCUUUUAACUCCACGCCUUUUGCCAAGACCCUCGCAUUUACUUCUCUUACAACCCCAUCUAUAAUAUAUUAAACAACCACGGUGACAUCACACAUCCUUGUCUAAGGCCUACUUUUACUGGGAAAUAAUUUCCCUCUUUUCUACAUACUCUAAGUUGAGCCUCACUAUCCUCGUAAAAACUCUUCACUGCUUUCAGUAACCUACCUCCUACACCAUACACCUGCAACAUCUGCCACAUUGCCCCCUAUCCACCCUGUCAUACGCCUUUUCCAAAUCCAUAAAUGCCACAAAGACCUCUUUAGCCUUAUCUAAAUACUGUUCACUUAUAUGUUUCACUGUAAACACCUGGUCCACACACCCCCUACCUUUCCUAAAGUCUCCUUGUUCAUCUGCUAUCCUAUUCUCCGUCUUACUCUUAAUUCUUUCAAUAAUAACUCUACCAUACACUUUACCAGAUAUACUCAACAGACUUAUCCCCCUAUAAUUUUUGCACUCUCUUUUAUCCCCUUUGCCUUUAUACAAAGGAACUAUGCAUGCUAUCUGCCAAUCCCUAGGUACCUUACCCUCUUCCAUACAUUUAUUAAA